AUGUCUGAACCAGCUGACAUUGCCGUGACAACCAUAUUGGCGUUGCUCAUCAUUGCAAACAUCACUGGUAACUUUCUAGUCUGUCUCGUUGUAAAGAAAAAUAGAGAUAUGAGGAUUCCUAUCGACUACUUACUUGUCAACCUGGCGGUCUCAGACAUCGUGUUCGCGAUAUUCAUAGCACCAAAUCAUAUUUUUAAAAAAACCUUCAUCCAUCCAGACGAAGGCAUCGGAUCAGUCCUGUGUAAGAUCCUCACAGGUGGUAAUGUGGCAUGGAUUGGAGUAGCCUCGUCCUCCUUGACCCUUGUUGUCAUAUCAGUUGAACGCUUCUACACUGUCGCAAGUGCUGUUGGUAGCAAAGCGAUAUUUACCAUGCGGAAAAUAAAGGUGGUUAUUCCCGUUUGUUGGAUCGUUGGAGUGCUUGUUUGCAUACCAAUCUUUCUGGUUACAAAGUUUGAUAAAACAACUGGCAACUGUAAGUGGAACUGGCACGAGCGGUGGAUGGGUGCACUCUACGACACCAUAUGGCUGGUAUUGUUGGCUCUAAUUCCUCUUUUGGUGAUGACUGUUGCAUAUUCCAAAGUUGUUUACAUGUUGUGGUUCAAACGAAACGAGCAGAAUGAACUCGCCUAUCAGCAAAAGGGAGUCCUAAAAGUGAGGAAGCGAGUCACACUGAGUGUGAUCACUGUCAGUGCCAUAUUUGGAGCUUGUUGGAUCACAGGAUUGCUGAUUUACAUCUUAAGCUACCUUGACAUCUUCAUAUUUGGCUCAGUCACAUACGUCGAUUCUGACACCUUGUUCAUGUUCAACUCUGCCAUCAAUCCUUAUAUUUAUGCUCUGCUAAAUGAACGUUUCAGGCAAAAGCUCAAAUUAUUAUGCUCUGCUAACAUCUCCAACGAGUAA